ACGAGGAUGAAGGAGAUGACCUCAGCCUCGGCGACGAGCUACCACGAAUAUCCAACGCUUCUAGUCCUCUAAGCUCUCUUCCCCCUUCCCCCUUCCUUCCCCCAAUAGCCAUUCCACGCGGCACAAGGUCGAGGCCGUUAGCCGGACGGGUUCUAGACAGCUCGCCAUCGGCUUCCUCAGCUCCUGACCCCUCUGUGAUAAACGAGGUCAUAUCCCUACCUCCACCCAUCAUUGUACCGGAGCUUAUCCCUUUCAAAGAUAAGCUCGCCAAUACCAUCCUCUUGCAAGGCCCUCAGGGCUCUGGGAAGACUGCUGCGGUCUAUGCCUGUGCCGAAGAACUAGGCUGGAAGGUUUUCGAGUUCUAUCCGGGUAUAGGGAGGCGUUCCGGUGGCGGUUUCAUGAACGAGGUUGGAGGGACUGGGGAAAACCACCGAGUUGGGGGGAUGGCGACCAUUCUAGGAAAAGCAGACGACAUUUUCAAGCCUGCAUCCACCCUGGGUUUCCUGACGUCCCCGACAAAGGGAGGGGCACGCGUCAGCCAGCCACCUCUGAGGGAAAGCUCACAGGAAAUUACCGAUGUUCGACAGUCCCUCAUCCUGGUGGAGGAGGCCGACAUUCUCUUUCAAUCGGACGGAAAUUUCUGGCCUACCCUCAUCAACUUCAUCCGCACAUCACGGCGACCAAUUAUCUUGACUUGCAACGAUCCCGCCUUGAUACCGGUCGAUGACCUUCCUCUUCAGACUGUUCUUGAAUUCAAAUACUGUGAGGAGGGACUCGGCACCUCCUAUUUACAGGCCAUUAGUAUAGCAGAAGAUCGACCUAUCACCCGGGAGUACGCUAAAGACAUUCUUAUGGAACAAGCAGUAUACUUUGCCAUGGAGGCGGAUAUCCCCGAUCAGCCCAUGUUGCCUGAUCCUAGUCAGGGUCGAGUCUGUCACCCGGAUCUGAAGAGGGCCAUCAAUCAUCUACAAUUCCAGCUCGUUGGGGGACUUCCUCUUCGAGUAGAACAUAACCGGACCAUAGAUGGCCUUGGUCAUUGGGCAGAAGAGCCUGCCAUACAACCUCAACAAUACGUGGACAGUCCACCUUUAACUUAUCGAAAGAUCUCACCGAAUUCUGACUUGGAGAAUAUGCUGCAAUUGAGCGAGCUAAUUGAUUCUAUUUCAUUUAGCGACGCCUUCGUGGAUCGCCGUCUACGAUCUAUUCUUAAUCUAGAGUCAAUUGAUAGACAUGGGCCAUCUGGAGAUGAUGUGCUUGGUCAUACCCUUUUGAAUAAGGUGCUUGAGCCUGAAGAAGCAUUUGGCGUCGCGUUGGACCCACGCGACGAAGUCAUGGCAGUAGAUGUGGCGUACCAUGCCCGGUUUUUGUUUGAGCAAC